AUGCUCAAGUCCCUCGGCAAUAUCUUUGUAGUUGGUGGUGUCGCACUCGACAUUACUGCCACAGCUGUCAAGAGAGCUACUCUCCCCUCUGUUCUCCAUACCUCCACACCCGGUGGUCUUCGGCAUACUUUAGGAGGCGUAGGACGUAAUGUAUGCGAAACGGCUAUGCGUACAGGUGCUUCAGCACAUCUCGUAUCCAUAACAGGAGAUGAUCUCCAAGGGAAGAUUGUUCGCCAGAGCCUAAAGGAUAUCGGCAUGUCUGAAAAGCACAUCCAAGUGCUACCUGGUCAUGGAACUGCGGUUUAUAAUGCUUUGCAUUCGGGAGAUGGGCAAUUGGUGGCUGCUAUAGCUGAUAUGGAUAUCUUUGACAAGAUGGAUUCAUCCGAGGUAGUAAAUACAUUAAGAGCUGAGAAGCCUUCCAUCGUUUGCUUUGAUGGCAACAUUCCUGCGGACACAAUGGGAUCCAUAUCCACCCUAUGUGCUGAGAUGGAUAUACCAGUGUUAUUUGAACCAACUUCUGUACCAAAGUCUCUCAAGAUCUUCUCUGGUUCUACCCUCGCUACAAGGGCUAUCCGAUUCACAACCCCAAACCAAUACGAGCUUGAAGCCAUGAGUGAAGCUGCAAAAGCUACCAUGCCAGCUACGUCAUCUGACAACACAACAUUGUUAUCGUCAUUUGACCUUGGGAAAGUCGCACCUCGAUCAGCUGAGCUUGUCCUCCCAAAUGGUUUGCAUCUCUCACAGUGGAUACCCAACGUUGUUAUCAAGCUUGGUGAAGAUGGAUGUCUCUUUGUCGGCCGAUCCGAUGUUUCCAAUCAACCACCAGUCGUACGAUACUUUUCACCCGAGAAGUUCGAUCAAACAAGUAUAAUAAGUGUUACUGGUGCUGGCGACAGCUUUGUGGGUGCUCUUCUUGCCAAUCUCAAGUAUCAUAGCAACUUGCAACCCGAGGACCAGGAUACGUGGAAAGAGAUCAUCACUCGGGCUCAACGUGCAGCUGUGUUGACGCUUCAAUCCGAUCUUGCUGUCAGCCCUCACAUCAACGAAGAUUUACUGUUUCGAGCAUCCUAG